GCUGCUCCCACACACACACACGCGCUGACGACGAAACCCGGAAGCGCCGCGCUGAGCUCUGCUUUGUUUUGUUUUAGUGACAGGAGUUGUAGGCAGAGGUCCAUCCGGGUGAGAGGCGCCCGGCAGAUGGGGAGAGCAAAACUGAGGAUGGACGAUGACGGACCGGUAAAUGACGCCUGUAUAAUGCCGAGUUUCAUCGGCUGCCUCGAGGAGGGGAGGGUGAAACUGUCCCGCAACCUGCCGACACAAAGUUCCCUCGCGGACAGCAAAGUUGAGCGCUCGGUCAGAGCUCUGAGCCGACGUGUCACCAGAGCAAACUCUCGGUUGUCACUCGACGAAGGUGAGAGGGCGCCGGAGGAGAGGAGCAGCGAGGAGGACAAGGAUGCGGAGAGCAACAACAAUAACAACUGCAACAGCGGAGGAGGAGAGAGGAGGAGGAGGGCGAGCGCCGUGGAGAUUCUGAGGAGGAAUUUCGCGGUGGUUAAAUCUCCUUCUCUCCGUUUGAACAGCAGCGGCCGGAUGCACCGCGACACCGAGCGUGAAAACCACCCGGGGAACGAUAACAACGACGCUCUUCACGGUCAUGGAAGUGAAUGUGGCGAAUGUGCAAAGUCGGACAGGGAAACGGGAGAAGACGGGACUAAAAACGAACCAACCUUGAGCGAGUUAACGACUUCGGAUGCUGAUGUAGUUCGGUGCCAUCAUCUAUGUGACAAUGACGUCAGCACGGCGAGUCUAGACGAGUCUCUCCGUGUCAAAGAACAUGUGUAUUGCACUGUUUACUGCAUCGCCAACGACAUUCAUCACAGAGACACUGACACGACCUACGAUGAAACUGUCUCGUCUGACGAGCCGGACGCUGAGGACUCUGAGGCCGGACCAGACGCGGAUUCGAGUCCGGAACCGUCUCUGUACACACUGGACGACCUGGGGGACCCUUUCGGGGACAUGGUCCAUCAGCUGUUCAAGGAGCAGGCUGAUGCGGAGAGUGCGACGCAGAGUUGCCGGGUGUGCCUCGAAGACAAAACCAUCGCACCCCUGCCCUGCUGCAGGAAGGCCGUGUGUGAUGAGUGUCUGAAACUCUACGUCAGCUCCCAGGUCCGAGUGGCCAAGCCUCACAUCAGCUGUCCUAUCCCAGAGUGCAGUGGUUACCUGGAGGAGGGGCUGGUGAUUUCCCACUUGGCCAACGAGGAUGUGGCAAAAUAUCGUUACUUUUUGGAGUUGAAUCAGCUGGAUUCCAGCACCAAGCCGUGCCCCCAGUGCCGUCAGUUCACCUCUCUGAAGAAGCACAACAGUAACCACUCCGAGCAAAAGUACAAGAUCCAGUGUGGUAAUUGCCAGUUUGUAUGGUGUUUCAAAUGCCACGCGCCCUGGCACAACGGCAUCAAAUGCCGCGAAUACAGGAAAGGAGACAAGCUGCUACGAACCUGGGCCAAUGUAAUCGUACAUGGACAAAGAAACGCCCAAAAGUGUCCACAGUGCAAGAUUCAUAUCCAGCGAACAGAAGGAUGUGACCAUAUGAGUUGCACACAGUGUAACACAAACUUCUGUUACCGCUGUGGUGAGCGUUAUCGACACCUAAGGUUUUUCGGGGAUCAUACAUCAAACCUCAGCGUUUUUGGCUGCAAGUAUCGCUAUCUGCCCGAUAAACCUCAUCUGAGACGGCUAAUUAGAGGCUCUGUCUGUGGCGCUAAGGUGCUGAUAGCUCCAGUGGUUAUUCUGCUGGUGGUGGUGCUGGGAGCCCUCGCGCUGGUGAUAGGUUCGGUGGUUUUCCCUGUCUACUAUGUGUGUAAGAGGAGGAAGAAGCAGCGCUCUCAGGGCUCUGGACGGUGGAUAUAAAACCCUGCCCUACUCUACAUCCAGGCCUCACACACACACACACACACACACUCACGCACACAGCUGGAAACGAUGACACCCCCACAUUUCCUCAGGGACAGACACGCCAUGCUGAGUCAUCGCACGAGUCUGUGAAGAACACCAGAGCGUGGGCAAUUAGUGAGGACCAGGAUAUUCAUGCUGAAACGGAAAUAAAAAACAAAAAAAACUGACCCUGACAUUGACGCUGAAUUCAAGAGGAAACCACCGACUUGGUUCAGUGCUGCUCACAAUAUUGAUGAUAAGUGUUUGAAUCCUUUAGGACUCAACAUUUCCCAGCAGUGAGGACAUGGCACAGUAGGUUUCGCUGCCUUUCAGUGUCAUAUUAAGCAAGAGGAGGCAGAUUCGUUUACAUCUGCACUUGUUGACGGAUAUCGCUGAUGAACAACCUGGAAAAGUGCAAGAAUUGGAAAAAUCUGGAGAAAGCCAUGUUAGAGAAGGGAAUUCUCACUGAUGCAAAAAGGACUGAUCAUUAUUAUUAUUAUUUUAUUUUUUAUUUUUCCCCUCCUGAUCUCACUUUUCAUUGACAUCCAAACCUUUAAGUUUUGGGAAGCGCACACUAUGAAACGCCAAAUUAAAAGACUAAACUUCAUGGGAGGAUCAUGGAAGGAGGAUCUGGUAUUGUUAUUCGGAUUUACACUGGAUAAUGGCUGACUCGGGCCUGAUCUCAAGUUCUUGCUAGAAAGGUUAAGAGUUUUUCUAAAUGCGUUUGGCAUUUACAUGCACACUCUCUCGUUAAUGACACUUUUGUCUGGUUGAGGAUUUCCAUCAUCUCCUCCCUUUCAUCUCUCUAACUGUCCUUUAGUUCUUCCAUGGUUGGGGCGAUAUGGCCGGAAUUGUAAUCACAAUAUCAUUUUGAAACUA